AUGUCACCAGAAAGCUCUCCUACAUCCGGCGCCGCCAAUUAGUGACCAGUGUUGCUAUAUUUGUUUCAUGGAUAUAUAGGAAUAUUAGGAUGGAAUAUAAAGUAUCUUUUUGAUCAAAGAGAGAGAGAGAGAUUCAUUUGAGGUUGAUUGAGAUUGAUCCGCUUAAUCAACUCCCGUAAUUAAUUCUCUUAUGUGUUAUGUAUGUAUUAUUAUUUGUAUUAUACUUUCAUCUAAAGAUGUCGACGUCGAUUCAACAGAUCAUUUCUCGUUGGGAUAAAUUUCCGAGUGUCUUGGAUGAAAGAUAUGCACAAACUGAGGAGUGAUGCCACGGUAAUAUUAAAUCUGUCCCCUUACAAAUAUCAAAUUUUCUUCAGGGAGGGGGUAGAAACCUUUACUUGGGUGGUGACAUCUAUCAUGGCAAUAUGGCACUCAGAACUAAAUUGUUCAAUGAACUUAUGAUAGGCUGUGAUAGGCUUCAUCAUGUCAUCGCGUGUUUAUUUCCCUCAUUUAUAAUUAACUAAACUUUAAUCAACGAAACAUCAAUUAAGGAUCGCCGUUUCACAGGCUUAUUUCCGUGACAACAGAGCUGAUAAUGUGCAUUUGCUCAGUAAAAUAAUGUUUAUCCUUUACGAGCAUUCGAUAACAAACUAAACCUAACCUCUUGCAUUGCGGAAAAUAUAGAAAAAAAAUUGGGAUUCUAUUUAACUUUGUGAAGAUGGAAGAGGAUGAACCAUAAAAAACAGGAGAACAAUCACUUGGGCGUAUUAUAACCUCGAGAGCAGUUUUGAAGUCUAUCGUCCGAUGCGAAAAAAAAACUUUUUUGCGGAUCUGCAUUUCGUGCAUGUGAUUGCAUUUCGAUGUCAUCUCGAAUCCUCGUGGUCGUGCACGGUAUGAUUAUCGACCUAAGAGGAAUGUGCAGAAAACUCAAAACGGUUUUGGUGAGGAGGAACGUAUAAGUGGAAGGAACAUAAGAAGGAUGCCAAGCUAUACAAGUCUGAUUAGAUUACUUAGACGACGUCUCGUUCUUGGAUUGAUUUUCGCUUUGUCUUUGACGUAUUGUGCCUUUUCAUUGUUCCGGAAUGCAAAGAAAGGAUCGCUAAAUCUUGACAGUGAUGUCGAUGUGGAUCCCAUAAUGAUUAACGAUAAUAAUGAAGAUUUAAUACCUGAUGACAAUAUGCUAGAAGAGCUGAGAGUAUCUGACAAAUCUCCAUUGUGGCAGAUGGAAAUACUUGAUCGAGCAGCUAAUGAUAACAUAGGAAAUAUGGAUGGAUCUAAUUUAAAUGAAAGUGACGUUUCUACUCAGUCUUGCCGUAAUUCUGUUCAAGGAAAAGGAUUGAUAGUUGAUGAUCAUGGUGUUGUAUGUUCGAGACAUGAAGUCUUAUCGAAUGGAUGCUGUACAGUAGAACAGAGACAAUCUCAAAAAAAUGAAGAAUUAUUGUCUAUGAAGAGAGAAAGAUACAGCUGCAAAACGUGCAAUCCUCAAGGAUGCUGUACUAUUUACGAAUAUUGUGUUUCCUGCUGCCUGCAUCCUGACAAGCAAAUAAGAAGUCGGAAGGACAUGUUAGUGGGCUCUGCAAAAAUACAGAAGGACGUGGGGAAACCUAUUCGUAAUUCAGAUCGCUUCCAGAUUUGUCUGGCCGCAUGUCGCACCUCAAGUUCCAGCGUGCGACAUGAAAACACUUACAAGGAUCCCCUUGCGAAACACUGUUAUAUCCCACAACGAUUUCGCCGCAAUAUUAAUUCAUUAAAUAAUAACGGCGACAAUCCCGCCGUUGUCGUUACUUCUUCUUCUGUGGUGUUACUUACCUACCCACUCCCGGAUAUUACUUCUAUUUGUACAAUCUUAUAACAUAUAAGACAGACAAUCCUAUGUCCGUCUUAUGUUAA